AUGUCAUCUUCAGAAAGACACGUCAAAUUGUUCCGCGUUCCGGGCGUUUCAUCGUUAUGAUAACUGGAAAAUUUGCGGAUUGUGAAAUUGUCAUCGUCGACAUUUGAAUUCACCGGUUGUGCUCGAGAGAUGAAGGCGUCAGAGCGCAGGAGUUGCGUUUGGCAUGAAUUUACAGUUGAAAAAUAAAUAGCGAAGGCCCAUCCCCAUGACGAACGCGCCCUACUGCACUUGACCGACGUCUAUUUCUGGGCUCCAGCUGACGCCUGUGUCCUCGAGAUGGUCAACUCGGCGCACUAUGUGCUGGCUUGUCAGAACGUCAACUUCCACUUCUGCGACUGUCACGCCGUAUACGGAGUAGUUCUUUGGUUAGGACGACUACGAGAGGACUUGUCGUUGCACUGAAGUCAUUGAUGAAGGACGGAGAGGAGCAAAUGAUGAUAUAACAUUAUAUAUACUUAGGCGCAGUUAUAGCACGAGAGGCUCAAGCAAUAGGCUUGUUUUGGCACAGUUUGAAAUCCGCUAACGGCCAUCGACUGUCAACAAAGCGGUCGAGCUGAUGUGCCAGGAUGUCGUCGCCUGGUGUUCUCCGAGAGGUGCCCUGUGCCAAGAACACCGUCAUCUCCUCGGCGAUAUUCUCCGACUACCUGAAGCCUCAGGUUCUCGACUAUGACUCCUAUGUUUCUUCCGUGUCUCUCGACAAAACUCAAAUCUCGAAUGGAGAAUCCAAGGAGAAGUCCUCGUCCAUGCUGGACGAUGUCCUGGGGAGGAUCUUGAGAAAAAGGAAGACGAGUAAGAAAAAGACGCAGAUGACUGUCAAAAAGUUCGAUGCGGAGAUGGAUAAGUUUAUCAAUUCGUCGCUGCUCAACGUCGCCGUUGUGGAGAGCUCCAGUACCUACAAGAUGAUGGCUAUGUCCUGCUUUGCUCUUGGAAAAGAUUUGGAAGCUUGCUGUUAUCUCAUAGCAUCUCAUGCAGCCUGUCUACGCCAACAGAUAAUGUACAGAACGAUGAAAAUGAGUCUGCGGCAUAGGGUCCUCUCUGAACCAAUGGUUAAUAAUUUGAAUGUAAAGGAUCUCGAUACUGAUCAUGUUCUUGGGAAUACUAAUCCAGCAACACUUGUGGCCACGCUUAAAGAACUGCCAACAGAAUGGUACGUUGUACAGAUAACGGCUGAGCACGAGAAUUUGAAACACAUAAGGCGCAGGGUACAGCCAGAAGAGACAGCGUAUUCUUUGAAACCCUCGCAUGGCCUUUACAUCAUGACUCUUCCUACCGGAAAAAACGCCAGUUAUCCUGUCUGUGUUGAAGUUCCAAAACCGUGUUCAGAUUCAAAGUAUGACAUCCGUACAGAGGUGGAAUCACUUCUAAAUUCCAACAAGUCAGAUUUAUCAAAUAUUUACAACAAUAACGACCUGUACUGGAAAAUGCGCCGGAGGCAGAAUGAGCAAAUGAAUGCUGCAAUCACAGAAUUGGAGUUUUCCUGGUUAAGGGAAUGGAGAGUCCUUUUAUUGGCUGAUUAUCUAGAAUGUUUAGACUUAGUGAAGGAUAUUCAUGACAUGAUCGAUAAGCUGAUAGCGGAUUCUUCAAUUAAAGAAUUUCCAGUGAAAACUCGUUGGCUUCUCAAAAAAAUUGCUUGUGGAGCUUGUCAUCUUCAACCGUACGAAAUUGAAAGAGCAGUUAAAAAACUUUUACCCAAGCAAGAAAAACUUGCCAAAAAUAUGAUAUUGUCUAUUGUAGCAAAAAUUAAAGUCAUGGAACCAUUGAAAACUGCCAAAAGAAAAACACUUAUUUUAAUUGUGGAUGAAUGUUUAGAUCUGUUGUCAUUUGAAUCAAUAAAACUUCUGAAACAUCAACCGGUUACAAGAUUUCCUUCUUUGCACAUCGCAUAUGCUCUGUUCAAGCAACAUCAAGGUACUAUCCAAGCAGGUUACAAGAUAAUUAAAAAAUCUGAAGAUUUGGGAACAUUUAUUGUCAAUCCAUCCUCGGACUUAGUCAAAAUGGAAAACAGAAUGAAAUCGUUUAUCCAGUAUUGGCUACCAAAUUGGAAAGGACUGUAUGGUGCAAAGCCAGAAUUGGAAUUUUUCAAAAAUGCCCUCAAACUAUAUCACGUACUUCUCUACAGUGGACAUGGAAGUGGUAUACAGUUUUUGAACGGCGAGGAAAUUGAAAGAAUGAGAGUUUUGGCUUCUGUGCUCUUAUUUGGCUGCAGUAGUAUAAAACUUAUACCAGCUGGUGGCAGAAUGCCAGCAUAUGGAGUAUCGAAUCAGUAUCUGAUGGCUUGCAGUCCGUGUAUACUAGGAAUGUUGUGGGAAGUAACCGAUGGAGACAUUGACCUCAUGACAGCGAAAUUAAUGAGUAAAUGGGCAUCAUCCGAAGACAAACGAUCUUGGAAUGGUGUCAAGGAAUCUUUGUGGUAUCACGGAAAACUCGAAUUUCAAGGUCGUGUUGCAAACGUCAAAAAUGAACCAGACAUGCUGCUAGCUGUGGCCAAGUCAAAGGAUGUAUGCAAACAGUAUAUGACGUCUGCUGCCAUUGUCGUGCGAGGUUUGCCUGUUAAAUUGGUAGAUUAAGUUUUAAAGAAAGUUGUGAUAUAUAGGUAAAUAUGAGGAAGAGUGAGCAAUACUUGACCAUGACCAGAGUGAAAUCAAAAGUAUGAAACUUUUGUACGAAAUUUGUACAGGGCUCUUCAGUCAUUAGUUAAUUUUAACAAUUUUAACUUUUAUACAAAGUAAAUGUAGGUUUUGCGGAAUACCGUAUCUCUCUUUGUAUCAAAGAACUCAUCAAAAGUGUCAAUCACUUCGCACUACAAGUAGACUGUCAUUUUUUUUUAAUCUUUUCAUGUAUUUUAUACGUAUACAUUAUUUUGAGAACGCGCAACGAAUGUAUUUAUGUAAUGAAUUAUACAAAACCAUAUUUUUAUACUAAAACAAAAUCAAAGUCUGAAACAGCUAUAAUUCAUUGUUAUAGUUGAGCGUCGUACACAUACGUGGCGACAGGGAAACGAACAAAUAAAAAGCCAGAUUAAUAUAAGUGA